CUGGGAAGCGAGAUCGAGGCUGGAGUUCCAGUGGAAGCUGCGCUGCAUUCCUUCCUAUUCCAUUCAUGCUGAGCAGCUACAUUGUAUCACGGCGCCGGGACUCCGGACAUGGCAGCGGGCGCCCGCUCUCGCAGUAUAUCCCGGCUGAAUUUUAGCACCAUGCCCUAAAUGAAGCUUUCAGUGGAAAUACAGUUUAAUAACCCCUACUUUUAUUAAACCCUCCCUCCCCCCCCCCCCCCCCCAAAAAAAAAAAUCCUUUAAUUUAUUUUUUUCUUUGUUAUAAUAUUAUUCUUGAAAAUGUUGGUUCAGGUUAAAAAACCCUUUUCGUUACAUUUAUGGACCUUUUUAUUUUUGGGGGGUUCCGGGUUUCUUGGAGGUGAUGGAUCCCCCAAGUCUUUUAGAACUUUUUCCGGAAGUGAAUGGAGCUUGACUCACUUGGUGGUGCACAAUAAAACUGGGGAAGUUUAUUUGGGAGCUGUCAACAGGAUUUUUAAACUUUCAAGCAACUUGACACUCUUACGCACCCAUGUUACAGGACCUGUGGAUGACAAUGAAAAGUGUUACCCCCCACCUAGCGUCCAGUCUUGUCCUCAUGGCCUUGUCACAACAAAUAAUGUUAACAAGCUGCUGCUAGUGGACUACUCAAUGGACCGGCUUAUAGCCUGCGGUAGUGCCUCACAGGGCAUCUGCCAGUUCCUCCGUUUAGGUGACCUCUUUAAAUUGGGAGAACCCCAUCAUCGUAAAGAGCACUACCUCUCCAGUGUCAAUGAAUCUGGCACUAUGUCUGGAGUAAUUAUUGAGGUUCCCAAUGGUCAGAACAAACUUUUUGUUGGAACACCUAUUGAUGGCAAGUCAGAAUACUUUCCUACACUUUCCAGUCGAAAACUUUUGAACAGUGAAGAGAAUGCAGAAAUGUUUGGCUUUGUCUACCAGGAUGAAUUUGUGUCAUCACAGCUGAAAAUUCCCUCUGAUACCUUAUCCAAGUUUCCUACCUUCGAUAUAUACUAUGUAUACAGUUUCAGCAGUGAGCAGUUUGUCUAUUAUUUGACGCUACAGCUGGACACACAGUUGACUUCACCCGAUUCUACUGGCGAACAAUUCUUUACAUCCAAGAUAGUCCGCCUUUGUGUGGAUGACCCGAAGUUCUAUUCUUAUGUGGAGUUUCCUAUAGGUUGCAUGAAGGAUGGUGUGGAAUAUCGCCUUAUACAGGAUGCCUACCUGAGUAAGCCCGGGAAACGGUUGGCCAAAGAAUUGGGCAUCUCAGAAAGGGAAGACAUUCUUUUCACAGUCUUCUCACAGGGGCAGAAAAAUAGAGUCAAACCACCCAAAGAAUCCGUCCUCUGUCUCUUCACAUUAAAGAAGAUCAAGGACAAAAUUAAGGAACGCAUUCAGUCCUGCUACAGGGGUGAAGGGAAAUUGUCCCUGCCUUGGCUCUUAAACAAGGAGUUGGGUUGCAUCAACUCGCCCCUGCAGAUAGACGACAAUUUCUGCGGUCAGGAUUUUAAUCAGCCUCUUGGAGGAACAGUCACCAUUGAAGGGACGCCACUUUUUGUCGAUAAGGAGGAUGGUAUGACGUCAGUGGCGGCCUAUGACUAUCGAGGGCACACAGUGGUUUUUGCCGGUACUCGCAGUGGCAGAGUGAAGAAGAUCCUAGUGGACUUGUCUGGACCAUCCUUCCACUCCACACAGCAGUACGAAAAUGUUAUAGUCCACGAAGGGAAUGCAAUCCUACGAGAUUUGGUGCUUAGCCCUGAUCGACAGUACAUUUAUGCUAUGACGGAAAAACAGGUCACCCGUGUGCCAGUUGAGAGUUGUGAGCAGUACCAAAGCUGUGACACCUGCUUAGGCUCCCGGGACCCCCACUGCGGGUGGUGUGUGCUGCACAAUACAUGUUCUCGAAAGGACAAGUGUGAGCGUGCCGAUGAGCUUCACCGGUUCACGACUGACCAACGCCAGUGUGUCCAACUGACUGUGCACCCCAAGAACAUAUCCGUCACCAUGUCUGAAGUGCCGAUGGUUCUCCAGGCCUGGAAUGUCCCUGACCUCUCUGCCGGGGUAAACUGCUCCUUCGAGGAUUUCACAGAUAUGGAAGGGCACAUCGAGGGAGAGAAGAUUUACUGCAUGUCUCCCUCAGCCAAGGACGUCAUCCCCAUCACAAGAGGCCAGGGUGACAAGAGAGUUGUUAAACUUUACCUAAAGUCCAAAGAAACUGGGAAGAAAUUUGCAAGUGUCGACUUUGUUUUCUACAACUGCAGCGUGCACCAAUCCUGCCUUUCCUGUGUGAAUGGAUCCUACCCGUGCCACUGGUGCAAGUAUCGGCAUGUGUGCACCCACAAUGCUGCAGACUGCUCCUUCCUUGAAGGCAGAGUGAACAUGUCAGAGGACUGCCCUCAGAUUCUACCUUCAACUCAGAUCUACAUUCCAGUUGGCGUGGUGAAGCCAAUCACAUUGACUGCCAAAAACCUUCCCCAGCCACAGUCCGGACAGCGCAAUUACGAGUGCAUCUUCCACAUCCCAGGUAGCGUGACGCGAGUCACUGCUUUGCGCUUCAACAGCACCAGCAUUCAGUGUCAGAACACCUCGUACACCUAUGAGGGGAACGACAUCAGUGAUCUGCCCGUGAAUCUUUCUGUUGUUUGGAAUGGAAAUUUUAUCAUUGAUAACCCACAGAACAUACAAGCCCACCUCUACAAGUGUUCAGCCCUGCGGGAGAGUUGUGGACUCUGCUUGAAAUCUGAUCCUCGUUUUGAAUGUGGUUGGUGCGUGACUGAAAAGAAAUGCACCCUGCGCCAGAACUGUCCGGUAUAUGAAAGCCCGUGGAUGCAUGUCAGCACCCCUCAGAGCCGCUGCACUGACCCCAAAAUUACCAAGCUGUCUCCUGAGACUGGACCAAGACAGGGCGGAACGCGGCUGACCAUUACUGGAGAGAACCUAGGCCUUCGAUUCGAGGACAUCCGCUUUGGUGUGCGAGUUGGCCAAGUCAUGUGUGUCCCAAUUGAAAAUGAAUAUAUCAGCGCAGAGCAGAUUGUUUGUGAGAUUGGUGAGGCUAAAAUAAUGCCACCCCGUAAUGUCACUGUCGAGGUUUGCAUAAGAGACUGCUCUAAGGAGUACAUGACCACUGCACCUAAGGCCUUCACUUUUGUGAGCCCACAUUUUUACCGAGUGACCCCAGCUCGAGGACCUUUGUCUGGUGGCACAUGGAUAACGAUAGAGGGAAGUAACCUAAACGCUGGCAGCAAUGUGUCUGUAGACAUCGGAGGACGACCCUGUGCCUUUUCCUGGAGAACUGCAAAAGAAAUUCACUGCAAAACUCCACAGGGACUGAACCCAACAAGCUCUGAGAUCCAGAUUCACAUCAAUCGAGCAGUGCUGCACAAUCUGACCGUCAAAUACAACUACACCGAGGAUCCUACAGUGCAGAAGAUAGAGCCCGAGUGGAGCAUCACAAGUGGUGGGACGCCUCUCACCGUCACUGGAGUGAAUCUGGCCACCAUCAGGGCACCAAAAAUACGUGCAAAAUAUGGUGAUGUAGAGAGUGAGAAUAACUGCACAAUCUACAAUGACACCACCAUGGUGUGCCUUGCCCCUUCCAUUGAAAACCCAUUGAGAUCCCCACCUGAAAAUGGAGAUCGCCCAGAUGAGAUUGGUUUCAUCAUGGACAAUGUUCAGUCCCUGCUUAUUGUGAACACCACAGUCUUCACCUACUACCCAGAUCCAGUAUUUGAGCCCCUGACUACUUCAGGAAACUUGGAACUGAAGCCAAGCUCUCCACUCAUCAUCAAGGGUCGAAAUAUUCUUCCAGCCGUUCCUGGAAAUUUCAGGCUGAACUACACAGUGUUAAUUGGUGACACUCCCUGUGCACUAACAGUCUCUGAAACGCAGCUCCUGUGUGAGUCUCCAAAUCUCACCGGUCAACACAAAGUGACAAUCAAAGUUGGGGGGUUUGAAUUUUCACCUGGCAUGCUGCAAAUCUAUUCUGAUAGUCUCCUGACCUUGCCAGCAAUCAUCGGCAUCGGUGGAGGUGGUGGACUCCUGUUACUCAUUAUCAUCAUUGUCCUUAUUGCCUACAAGCGCAAGUCAAGAGAUGCAGAUCGUACUCUGAAGCGUCUCCAGCUUCAGAUGGACAAUCUGGAGUCAAGGGUUGCCUUGGAAUGCAAGGAAGCCUUUGCCGAGCUGCAGACGGACAUUCAUGAGCUGACCAAUGACCUUGAUGGGGCCGGCAUCCCGUUCUUGGACUACCGCACUUAUGCUAUGCGGGUUCUGUUCCCUGGCAUCGAAGACCACCCUGUACUGAAAGAGAUGGAGGUCCAAGCCAAUGUGGAGAAGGCUCUAAAUCUCUUUGGGCAGCUUCUGAACAAGAAGCAUUUCCUGCUGACUUUUAUCCGCACCUUGGAAGCUCAACGCAGUUUCUCCAUGAGAGACCGAGGAAAUGUGGCCUCCCUCAUCAUGACUGGUCUACAGGGGGAGAUGGAAUAUGCCACCGGUGUCCUUAAACAGCUUCUGUCUGACCUGAUUGAGAAGAACCUGGAGAGCAAGAACCACCCAAAACUGCUGCUGAGAAGAACGGAGUCUGUGGCUGAAAAGAUGCUGACAAACUGGUUCACGUUUCUUCUAUACAAGUUCUUAAAGGAAUGUGCCGGUGAGCCGCUGUUCAUGUUGUACUGCGCCAUCAAGCAGCAGAUGGAGAAGGGACCAAUCGAUGCCAUCACAGGAGAAGCAAGAUAUUCCCUAAGCGAAGAUAAGCUCAUCCGCCAACAGAUCGACUACAAGAUGCUGAAUCCUUGUGCCGAUGACGGGCUGAGCGAUGAGUCAUGUUGCCGCUCGCCUCAAACGCUGAAUUGUGUGAACCCUGAGAAUGAAAACGCCCCUGAAAUUCCAGUGAAGGUGCUGAACUGCGACACCAUAACCCAAGUGAAAGAGAAGCUGCUGGAUGCUGUCUACAAGGGGGUCCCCUAUUCCCAGAGACCCAAAGCAGGAGACAUGGACCUAGAGUGGCGCCAAGGUAGGAUGGCGAGAAUAAUCCUGCAGGACGAGGAUGUAACAACCAAAAUAGACAACGACUGGAAACGCCUUAACACCUUGGCUCACUACCAGGUUAUCGAUGGAUCUUCGGUCGCACUGGUUCCUAAGCAGAACUCCGCCUACAACAUCUCAAACUCUUCAACGUUUACAAAAUCUCUGAGUAGAUACGAGAGCAUGCUACGGACGGCCUCCAGUCCUGACAGUUUACGCUCCCGCACACCGAUGAUCACCCCUGAUCUGGAGAGCGGCACCAAACUCUGGCAUCUGGUGAAGAACCACGACCACCUGGACCAGCGGGAGGGAGACCGAGGGAGCAAGAUGGUGUCUGAGAUCUACCUUACAAGAUUGUUGGCCACCAAGGGCACGCUGCAGAAGUUUGUGGAUGAUUUAUUUGAGACCAUUUUCAGCACCGCCCACCGCGGCAGCGCACUACCUCUUGCCAUCAAAUACAUGUUCGACUUCCUGGAUGAGCAGGCGGAUAAGCACCAAAUCACAGACUACGAUGUGCGGCACACAUGGAAGAGCAACUGUUUACCACUGAGGUUCUGGGUGAAUGUGAUCAAGAACCCUCAGUUUGUUUUCGACAUUCACAAAAACAGCAUCACGGACGCCUGUCUCUCGGUGGUGGCGCAGACAUUCAUGGAUUCUUGUUCCACUUCAGAGCACAAAUUAGGCAAAGAUUCACCUAGUAACAAGCUGCUGUAUGCCAAGGACAUACCCAACUACAAAAGCUGGGUGGAGAGAUAUUACGCAGACAUUGCCAAAAUGCCAGUUAUCAGUGACCAGGAUAUGAGUGCAUACCUGGCUGAACAGUCCCGGUUACAUCUGAAUCAGUUCAACAGCAUGAGCGCACUGCAUGAAAUCUACUCCUAUAUUACCAAGUACAGGGAUGAGAUCCUUACCGCGCUGGAAAAAGACGAACAAGCAAGAAGACAACGGCUACGAAGUAAAUUGGAACAAGUCAUUGACACAAUGUCACUCAGCAGUUGAAGCCUAUAUGGAGGUCUGGACAAGAUCUCUUAGCAGUGGCUACUGAGAGAGAGAGGGACGGAGGAAAGUGCUAUAAACUGACCACACUUCAACUCAUGUGGCCUUCAAAAUCCACGAGCUGCAGAACAGGACUGGAAACUUCUUGAAACAAUAAAAAAAAAAAAAAAAAAACUGUAUAUAAAGACUUUAGAGACCAUUUCAAAGAACAACAUAGAAGCCUUUAUAAAUGGAUACAAAAAAAUUUAAGGGACUCCAAAAAUGUCAAUACAAAUUAAAAUAUAGAUUUAAGACAAUGAGAGCUGCCUGCGCGUUCCAAGGGGGAGAGGAAGCUCCAUCGGCCAUGGAAAAGCUAUGACCAGACGGUGGGAGAGACAAAAAAUGUCCUGUCCUUUGGCUGCCUACAUUUUUAUGUUAAAGAAAUGAAAAAAAAAUCCUCUCUCUCUGGCUUUCGGCCACUAGUGUUACUGCUACAUUUGCACAAUUUAAUGAAAUUCCGGGGUUUUUAAAGAAAUAAUGAAAAAAAAAAAUACAAAAGACUAAAAAACAAAAAAGAAUGAUGAAAAACAAUCUGAUAUGGAAUGUGUUUGUGUUCUUGGCAAAAAAAUUCAAUAAAAAGGUAAAAGAAUCCCACCUAUCCCCCUUCCCUGCAGAAUGGACAAAUUAACCCAGAACCUUUGAUAUUUUUCUAGACUAUAUUCUGUGCCAUGUUCAUUUCAAUGUUGUUUUAGUGAAUAAAAUUUUUUUUGAAGAAGAAUCUAGAGGUGAGGAGGGGGUGUGGAUUUAACCACAUUUUUUCUUGGGGGAGGGUGGGGGUGAGGGUUUCAGAUGGAAAGCAAUUUUCAGUUUUCCUCCUUAACCCCCUGUAUCAUCUUUUGGAAUGAAUUGUGUGAUUUUUUUUAUUUUUAAAAAUAGAAAUAUUGUUGGAAAUGUUUGCGAUAAAAUGGCUGCAGAAAGCACAUAGAGAUUCACGGCACCUGUUUAAAUGAAUGUACAUAUAUAUGGUUUUGGUUGGCAGAGUCUACCCACAAUGCUGUGCUGCAUUAGAUAAUUAUGUGGGCAUUAAUAUAUAUAUAUAUAUAUAAAUAUACUGUCUCUGGUUACAAUUUAUGGUACAGGAACUUGGAAAGUGCUGAGUGGUUUAGUGUUGUCCUAAUUUAUUACAAAUCCCAGUCCUUACACAAUGGAAGAUGAUCAGAACCCGUCAACCCUCCCCUCCCCCCAGUUUCAACUUCAAUGAAUAUUACCAAAACUUUGAAGACCUCAGUAUAAUAGCCUGUUGCUUUUCUUGGAUCAUUCAAUUUCGAACUUGCAUGGGUGGGUUCUUGUCAUCAAAAGCAAGAUUGAUGAAUAGUUUGAUUUUUGUUCCUUGGCCAGAGGAGUCAGCAACAUGUAGCAUGGUGCCAGAAGUGGUUUUCUGCGGGACAUUGGGGCAGAUUUACUCAUCAAAAUGUGCGAAAAGGGGGCAUGACUUAAAACAUGCCACAUUGAGACAACAUUUUGGCACAAAAAGAGGUGGCCUUAAGUUUGACAAAUUUCUAAAGAUGCAUCAGAUCUAGUAUACAUUAUGAUGUGCCAUACUUACAUAGUGGUAAGAAUGGCACAUCUAGUCUAGUUUUAAUCUGUCUAAAUUUAAAUGGGUUUUCCAGAACUUUUACCUUGAUGGCUAUCAAUGUAAAUGUCCACAGAAAACCCCUUAAAGACAGUAUUACACGAUCUUCCCAAUUGUAUCCAAAGGUUGUAUGUACUCAGGGCCCAAGUCCUGCAGGAACUCAUGGGAACGGAGUUCCUGCACUUUUUCCACAGCAGGAACACAGUUCCCUUUAGCAGAAGUCCUGCAGGACCAGCCCUUAAAGGGUUACUCCGCCCCUACCCUAGGGGAUAAGAUGUCUGAUCGUGGGGGUCCCGCUACUGGGCACCCCAGACAUCCGGUGCAUGGGGCAAACUUCGCUCCGUGCCGGAUGACUGGUGAUGCAGGGCAGAGCCCCCUCAAUGCAAGUCUAUGGAAGGGGGCGUGGCGGCCGUCACGCCCCCUCCCCUAGACUUGCAUUGAGGGGGCGUGACAUCAUGAGCCUCUGACGGGACCUUAUCCCCUAACCUUUUGGAUAGUACCCCUUUAAGUGGAAAUCUAGGGUGAGUUCCCAGACUUUUUUCCCCAGGACUUGACCCCUGUAUGUACUCCAAUAUAAACCUUUAGUCAUAGCUGCUAUUUGUAAUCCAAAACACCUCAGUGUCUGGGUUUUUGUUUUAACAGUUUGGAUUGUUGGUUCAGUCUUACUGCACCCCUCAAGCCUCCAUGGGUAAUAUACAUAUUACAAUUUGGAAUAUAAUCUGCCAUCAGUCACUACUGUGCUUAUGUGGUCAAGGGCCUGUAGCAAUAAUUCAUAUAUUUUUCUGUUCAGCCUGAUCAUUUAUCAGCUUCACAGGCCCUUUAAUGGUAUGUUCACACAGUUCUUUCCCCACAUGGAUUUCUGCAGGUCAUCCAUGCUGAAAUCUGUAUGACAUGUACUCACUAACCAUCUCCCAAUAAUUUCAGUGGGAUAUCCAGGUUACAUAAUGUAAUACCUGUUAUGGGGGAAAAGUGUGGCUGGUCGCCACUUGAAGUAAAUUCCUCGCAGAAUGUGUCCACUAAAUUCAGGCUUAAUCUGCACGUUUACAUUGCAAAUCCAUGUUAAGAAAAAAAACUUACGUAAACCUUUAGAUUUUCUUCAAAUAAUUGUGUGAACAUAGCCUAACACAUCUAUCCCAAUUACUAAUUUUGGCCAAUUGAUUGAAAUGUCAUGCAGUUAAAGAGGCAAUGACAUCAUUGGGCCAUGAAGUGUAAUGAGGUGGUGAUGUCACUGGAAACCGGAUGACUGUAUAGUCUUCAGUCAUGUCCAAGUUUCAUAAAUUGACACGUUUCCAGACCAUUUAGGAGAAAACUACACCACUGAUUUUGCUUCCUCUUGAUUCUAAAAUGUUAGACCUUUAUCAGUUGUUUUUGUGUCCACACAGUUUUUACUAAAAUGUGUAGAUGUCUGAGAUAUAUUCAGAAGUUAUCAAGUUCAGAUUUAGAUCCAUGGAGAGAAACCUAUAGAUGAGCAUAGCCUGGUGGUAUAUGAGGUAUACAGUAAAAAAAAUAAAAAUAAUAGUAAAUCUAACCAAAAACGUUUACCAAUUCAUAGUCAAAUAGUAGAAAGCUGCGGACCAGAAUUAGUAAAGGCACCACCUGUAGUCAGGCCCGCUAUUAUAAAGGGUACUUCCGCCAAAGAUGUCUUACCUAGGGAAGUCCAGCAGAUGACGCAAUGAACAGUUUUUGCAUGCCAGGGCAUGGUGGUGCAUGUAGACCAACAAUGACUACACAGUUCCAAAUCUACAACCCCCAUAGAGUGCAGGUGUACUGUCUUACAUUCAUUAAAGGGGUACUCCCACCCUAGACAUCUUAUCCCGUAUCCAAAGGAUAGGGGAUAAGAUGUCUGAUUGCGGGGGUCCUGCCGCUGGAGGGUCUGAGUCGCGACUACGGGAACGGAAGUCCGUGACGUCAGGACUCCGCCCCCGUGUGAAGUCACGCCCGUCCUCUCAAUGCAAGUCUAUGGGAGGGGGCGUGACGGCCGUCAGGAUAGGGGAUAAGAUGUCUAGGGUGGGAGUACCCCUUUAAGUAGGAUCAAUCAGUACAGCAAGGUAGCACUAGAGAGGAGUUAAUAGACCCUUGUGACCAGCUUAUGUAUCAGUUUCUAGAACAUAGUACUCCACAUUAAACAUGCCAGUUAUUAAAAGGUAAAACCAGAAAAUAAAAUCUCUGCCUACUGUGGGCAGGUGCGCCAAUACUUGUACCAUUUUCUAGAUUUAAUAUUAAUAAAUUGGUCUUGUUCUUGAAACUCAUUCCCAUUCAUUUACUAUUUAACAAAUGUGGGCCAGGUUGAUUGCAUCAGUUGACCAAAAGCAAAUGUCAAACCUGGCUGCCCAAUGUAUCAAAAUGGCUGUCAGAUCAGAAUCCCCAAAAAUGGAGUAUCUCGAAAUAGCAGCUGUGCCCAUAGGACGAGUGCACAGUGAGUACUGACAGCGUCCCAGUCAAUUACAGCACAUAGAAUCCCCCAUCCUCACCCAGUUUAAUGUUGUUUUUGCAUUAAUUUAUCCUUUGUAGGUUUGUUACAUCUUCUCUGCACCGUGGAGCUCGCGCCUCUCUGUCUGCAGAGGUUUCACUAACUACUGGUCGAUUAAAGAGAAACAAACAUCAAACACUAAUAAAAGCUUUUUAUCCAUCUACUAAAUGUAGCAAAUCCCCUGACAGUGCCCGGGAAUGUUUCCUCUUUACAUCUGUUUAUAUUAGUGACUUGGCCCUUAACAGAAUUAAGGUGGCAUCUGUUCAAGUAAAGAGCAGUGCGCCAAGAGCACCAUGCGUUUCCUGGUUGGUCAGGUGUUGCCGACUCCUCUGUGGCCUUUAAUAAGAACCUUUUGGGGGUCCCCCUUGUCUGAUGAAGUGAACAUUCACCCCUUACACUGGAAUCAUUUUUUUCCCCCACAACAGCGCAGAGGAAGCAUAUUGUCCACUUAACCCCUCCAUUGCUGCAGUGAAGUAGAGCAAUGGCAGUUUCUGAAAACUCUUGAUUGUGACUCGAUGCCCGCUGAGCCAUCCUAUGUAAAUAACUUACUAUUUUAAUGUCGCUCAGAUUUAGUACCUGUAAAUAAAAUCCUCGCAUCACAAAGAGAUUAAAAUUUUUGCUAAAUAAAAACCUGACUCGUGUCUUUGCU